GGCGCGGGAGCAGCAUGGCCGCCGUCCCCCCCGACUCCUGGCAGCCUCCCGCCGUCUCCUUGGAGACCACGAUGGGCGCCAUCGUCCUGGAGCUCUACUGGAAGCACGCGCCCAAGACCUGCAAGAACUUCGCCGAGCUGGCCCGCCGCGGCUACUACAACGGCACCAAGUUCCACCGCGUUAUAAAAGACUUCAUGGUGCAGGGCGGCGACCCCACGGGCACCGGUAGAGGGGGCGCCUCCAUCUACGGGAAGCAGUUUGAAGACGAACUUCACCCGGAGCUGAAGUUCACAGGUGCGGGGAUCCUCGCCAUGGCCAAUGCCGGCCCGGACACGAACGGCAGCCAGUUCUUCAUCACGCUGGCACCGACGCAGUGGCUGGACGGGAAGCACACCAUCUUCGGGCGCGUGUGCCAAGGCAUCGGCAUCGUGAACCGCGUCGGCAUGGUGGAGACCAACGCCCAGGAUCGCCCCGUCGACGACGUGAAGAUCUUGAAGGCUUUUCCCUCGGGUUAGGGGGGCCGGGGGCACUGGGGCGUUUUGGCGGGCGAGUGCAGGUGGCCCCAGCGGGAAGGCAAGCUCUCCGAGGACAUUAGAGGUGAUGUGGGGCCAAAUUCCCUCCCCAAAAGGGGAGGUGCAGGGGGGUGGGAGGGGGUUAAGAGAAUGAAGUCUGCAAUCUGCAUCGUUCAAGGAUGAAGCCUUCAGCUGGGGAAGGAGCGAGACAGGAGCCGGCCAGGUCUGUUGUCUCUCUUGCUGCCUCCGAGGUCCUUUUGGCUCCUCUUGGCCUCCUGUCCACCGCGAGCAGCAGGGGCAGCGCCAGCGGCAGGAGGUUGGCAUGUUCCUGCUGCUGCUCCUGCUGCCAGGCUGGUUUGGAGGAUGAUUCCUUGAUCUCCGCAAGGAUUCUGUGGCGGGCCAGGAGCUGACUUUUUUGGGAACGGGAAAAUUCUGGUCCUGGAUGUCACCUGAAGCUUUUUUUGCUGUUAAAAGGGAGGCUUUAACGAGCUCUUGGAGGUGGGGCUCUGGGGGCUCUCAGCUUCUUUCCCAGGAGUUGGCCAAAGGCCAGUUGGAGCCUCCCGUCCGCCCGCCGGGGGAGCAGCCUGGCACCAGGCCCCGGCUGUUAUUCUCGCCACACCGCGCCAUCCUCGGCGCUGGGGUCUCAACCUCCAUCCGUCCUUGACCCAGGCUCCGGCAGGAAAAUCCCUGCGGAAGACGGAUGUUUUCCAGACUUCGCUGGAAAGCUGAGUGCUCUGAGCCAAGCCAGGGCUGCGUGACGGGUGUGUUACGGGGAUCUGGGAGAGGCUUUGCUCCUUGGUGCAUUUUGUAACGCUUCAGGUUUUGUAAUAAAACAAAUUAAAAACGA